CCCGGAGCCCCCCGGCGCCAGGGGAGGAGGAGGAGGAGGAGAGCGGCGAGGAGGAGGAGGAGGCCAUGGAGUGCGGGACGCCCCCGCCCCCCUCGGACGGCUGGACCGUGGUGCAGCGGCGGCGGCGGCGGUGAUGGGGGGAGGGGUGUCCUGUGUGUCCCCCCCAGCUUGGGGGACACCCCUCCCCCACCCUGCUCCCCAAACUGGGGGGGAAUAAAGGCCCCUCCCCCCAUGGGGGGUGUGGGAAGAGGAGUCGUGUGAUUAUUGGAGGGGGAGGCCGCUUAGAGAGCCCCGAGCCCGACUGGGACCCCAGCGACCCCUCCCAGUAUAAUCCAAUCCCUCCCAGUAUAACCCAGUCCCUCCCAGUUUAACCCAGUCCCUCCCAAUUUAACCCAAUCCCUCCCAGUUUAACCCAGUCCCUCCCAGUGCCCCCGCCCCUCGCCCAGCCCCGCCCAUCAUGGCGGCCUCUCUGAGGGCUCCAGGGCAGUGAGGGGCGUGGCUCUCUCAUCACGCGCUGUGAUUGGCUGCACUUUGUAUCGGCGGUAACGCCCUUCGCGCUUUUCACGCGGUGAUUGGUUGGCUAAUGCGGAGGCGAGCGGCGAUUGGUCAGCUGGGCUUAAACCGGCUGGUCGCGGGCGCUGAUUGGUCGCUGCCUCCCGGGUGGGCGGAGCGAGGCGGGAGAGCGGGAAGACGCGGCGGCGAUGGCGGCGCGGCUGGAGCGCGCGAGGGGGGCGCUGGCAGCGCUCGAGGCUGCCCUGGCCUUGGAGGAGGAGGAGGGUGAUGUCCCCACCCGGAUCCUGGUGGAGCAUCAAAUGGACACCCGGCGGAAGCAGAAGCUGCUCCUGUCCCAGCUCCGGGUGCUGAAGCUGCUCCUGGGGGUCAUCGAGAACCCGGGGCUGCUCCCGUCCCCCACCAACCUGCGCGAGGCGGCGGCGCAGGCUCGGAGGCGCUGGCGGGAGCUGAAGGCGAGGUACGGGGAGGCCCUGGGGGUCCUGGGGGAGGCUGUGCCCCCCGCCCUGGCCCAGCUACACCGGGGCCAGCAGCUGCUGCAGCGCGAGAGGACAGCCCUGGGGGCACGGCUGGAACAGCAAGAAGAGCUGAAGGUGAAGGUGCAUGAGGCCACAGAGAGACGGGACCAGCUGCUCCGGCGGGUUCAGGAGCGGCGCCUGCAGCGGCGCGGCCGGCAGGAGGCCCUGCAGGGACUGAGGGGGACAGCGGCCAGGGUGGGGGCCUCGUGCCACCUGUACCAGGCCCUGGCAGGGGUCCAGGUGCUGCCCCCCUCCCCAGGGACCCCCAAUUUGGAGCUGGAGCUGGGAUCCCCUCCCGGCUCCUUCCAUUCUCUGCCCCCCCUUCACCUGUGCCUCACCCCCGGUGGGGAGGUCCGACUGCAGGACCCCCCCCUGGGGCUGCCCCCUCCCCUGGGCCCGGGGCUGCUGGAGCUGCAGCAGCGCUGCUGGGAGAGCUGGAGCCUCUGGGCAGAGGUGACACACCUGAGGAACAGGUUCGCCCUGGACUGGCAGCCAGAGUUGGGGCUCCUGCAGGUUCUGGGGGGCCCCCGAGGUGCCCAGACCCUCUGGACGCUGCAGCUGGAGCCGGGGUACCCCCAGAGCGGGGGGGUGCGACUGCUGCCCCCACCAAAGGGGGCCCCCCCCAUCCCUGCACCCCCAGAUCCCCCCACUCUGACACGGUGGCUGGAGCUGCUGGUGGGGGGGGUCCCUGAAAAUGGGAGAUCCCCCUCUAUCCCCCCCCCAUAAAAAACCCCACUGCACCCCAAUAAACUCAUGGCCUCCCC